GGGGGGGGGUUGAUGACUUAAAUUGUUCGAUGAAAUUCCCAAACGGGCCACAAGCAUUAGUGAAAGCUUCAACUUCUGGAACAGGGGUGGAGGCUUCUCUGUUCCUCUCCAUCCUGAUCAUUUCAACGGUUCAUGGCUUGGAAAACCUAGUUUCCAAACACGUGUCUUCCUCGAGCGAAUCUGUGAAUGUCAAAUCCUUAGAGCUCAGUAAUUGCAAGUCUGAGAGAAAAGAGGUGGAAAUUUCAGUGGAGGAAUGGAGAAGUGCAGGGCCGGUCGUCAAUGUCAAACCACUGGGACUCAAUAAUUGCAGGUAUAAUUGGAGAGUUUUUUAGGAAAAUCAUGAACAGAAAUGAGGUGGAAAUUUCUGUGGUGGAAUAGAAAAAUGCAAGUCUACCGUUGAAAUGUCAAUAAUGGUGGUUGGCAGCUGGUUGCAUCCAUCAAAUUUCUCUAAAGAUUCUUGCAAAAAUUGAUUCUGAUCAUCAAUAGAGACGAUGGAUCUUAUGGCUCCUGUUAUCAAGGAUGUUAUUAGCUUAGGCAAAUAUUUUGUUGGAAAGAUUAGCCAUUUUGUCAACUUGGACGGCAGCGUUCGCUCUCUCAGAAUUGCACUGGAAGAAGCGAAGGCUGUCCGCAAUGACUUAGAGAGAAGAAUUUAUCUAGCAGAGUUGGAGGGAUUAACGCGUACAAACCAAGUGAGGAAGUGGCUAGAAAGAUUUGAUGCCAUUGAAGCUGAAAUAAGCUUGAUCAUACAAGAUUUUGGACGGCCAACGCGAUGUUUUUGGUGCUCUACUGCAAGUUUUGCCUCUCGAUACAAGCUUGGCAAGAAAGUCUCUAUGCAGCUCAAGGAAAUAAAUAAACUCAGGGGAAAAGGAGCUUUGGAUGUCAUUGUGGCUGAUGGAUCUCUCCCUCCUACUGUUGAGGAGAUGCCGACUAGGCCUGCCAUCGGCUUGGAAUCAAUGUUAGAGAAAGCGAGACAAUUUCUCAGGGAAGAUGAUGCUGGCGUUAUGGGAAUCUAUGGUAUGGGAGGGGCUGGAAAGACCACUCUUUUGAAAUACAUAAAUAAUGAACUUCUAACAUUGAACCACGAUUUUGAUCUGGUGAUCUGGAUUGUUGUCUCGAAAGAUGUUAUUGCUGAAAAGAUACAAGAGGCUAUAGUGGUAAGGUUGGGCAUGUCUUGGGAUGAAACUGAGCACCCGGAGCAGAUAGCUUCAAAGAUAUACAAAGUCAUGAGGAAAAAAAGGUUCUUGCUUUUGUUAGAUGAUGUUUGGGAAGGAAUUGUCCUCGAGAAUAUUGGAAUUCCUCUUCCCAACAAGCAAAACAAAUGCAAGGCAAUAUUCACUACACGUUCUGUGGACGUAUGCAGUGAUAUGGAUGCUCAAUGCAAGCUCAAGGUUGAAUUCUUAAAAGAGAAAGAAUCAAGACAACUCUUUUAUGAGAAGGUAGGUAGAAUUGGGAUCUUGAGUUCACCCUCCAUUCAAUCUCACGCAGAGGCCAUCAUUAGAAAAUGUGGAGGCUUACCACUUGCUCUAAUAACUACUGGAAGGGCUAUGGCCAACAAAGAGACUGAGGAAGAGUGGAAGUAUGCCAUUGAAGUGUUAAACAAGUCUCCAUCAGAAUUACGGGGUAUGGGAGAUGUUUUCAAUUUAUUGAAAUUCAGUUAUGACAAUUUGGACAAUGACAUAUUGAGAUCAUGCCUUUUGUAUUGUUCCUUAUUCUCCGAGGACUAUUCUAUUGAGAAAGGACAACUUAUAGAAUAUUGGAUUGGUGAAGGUAUUUUGGAUAGCUCCCAUGGUGAUAAUGUACACAAUAUGGGGCAUGCUCUCAUAGGAUCCCUAAAAGGAGCUUGCUUACUGGAAACUGGUGAAGUGCAUACCCAGGUAAAGAUGCAUGAUGUUGUCCGAAGCUUUGCCUUGUGGAUAGCUUCUGACCCUGAGAAUAGAUUUAUUGUACAGGCGAGUUUAGGAUUGACUGUGGUACCCAGUGUUGAAAACUGGGAAGCGGCACAUAGAAUUUCGUUACUGGAUAAUGGAAUCACUGAAUUAUUAGGAAUACCUUUCUGUCCCCAUUUAUCAACCUUGCUGCUCCAAUGGAACAGCUGUUUGAACAAAAUUUCAUACGAGGUUUUCCAAUCUAUGCCUGUGCUCAGAGUUCUGGAUUUAUCGUUCACCAGUCUUAGAUACAUCCCAGCAAGUAUAUGCCAAUUAGCUGAGCUGCAUUAUCUUGAUCUGUCAGGGACCAAGUUAAGUACACUGCCUAAAGAGCUUGGAUUUCUGACUAAGUUAAGACAUUUGGAUCUGCAGCGCACCCGUUACCUAAGAACUAUUCCACGGGAGGCUAUAUCUGGACUCUCUCAGUUGAGGGUCUUGAAUUUGUAUUACAGUUAUGGUGGUUGGGAAAUGCAGGAAUGUGAGGGCAAUAUUGAAGUAAGGUUGGGGGACUUGGACUGUUUAAGACAUCUGACCAGCAUAGGGAUCACAGUAACAGAAUUGGUUACCCUGAAGAAGCUCUCUGCUUUUAACUCCUUACUUAAAUGUAUACAAUAUUUAUACAUCAAAGAGUGUGAAGGGCUGUCUUAUUUGCAAUUAUCAUCCUUUCCUAGUGAUGGUGAAAGAUUAAGAAGGCUUAGCAUUAACAAUUGCUGUGACCUGAAGCACUUGGAAAUUGGCUUGGGGCCUGGUAAGAAUUGGCUGCCUAGCCUUGAAGUUCUUGCAUUGUAUGGCCUUCCCAACCUGACCGCAAUCUGGACGAAUCCAGUAAGUCAAGGAUGCCUAAGAAGUCUUCGCUCCAUCAACAUUUGGUACUGCGACAAAUUGAAGAAUGUUUCCUGGAUAUUAGGCCUGCCAAAGCUUGAAAUGAUUUAUUUGUUUUAUUGCCAAGAAAUGGAAGAAGUGAUCAGUGGGCAGGGAGAAUCAGAGGCAGGGCCGGAGGCAUUUCCAUGCCUUAGAAUUAUAUCCAUACGGGAUCUCCCAGAACUGGAAAGUAUCUCCCAACGAGCAGUGGAUUUUCCUUCUCUAGAGAAAAUUGCGGUUAGUGGUUGUGCAAAGCUGAAGAAACUGCCACUGAGAGCUUCUAACCCCUCAACCCUACCAACUGUUUAUGGCGACAAGGAGUGGUGGGAUAACUUGGAGUGGGAUGAAGAUGCCACCAAUCCCCUUUUGCUUCCCCGCUUCAUGGCAAUAUGAUGAAGCAUAGAGUGAUAACUCAGGGUGUUUAACCGAUUACUCUUUUUACAAUCAGAGUGAAGAUUGAUGGAUUUAGCGUCCCACCGAGUGCAGAUUUUCCAAGAUCCAUACAGACCCAUCCAUCUUCCCUCUUCUCUGCUCUCGUGGACUGUAAAUGGCUAAUUUCAGGUGUGCACAGGAUAAGUUAAGAGCUCUCGCGCACACCCUAUUCGUCAAAAAAAGAACCCACAUGCAAAAAAUUAGAAGGGACUUGCUCGGUCUUUCGCAAGGCUGGCUAUACAUAUAUACACAAAUGGUUAAGUAGUUGCAGACGGUAAUUAAGUAGAGUUUCUUCAUUUGUUUUUCUAAUUGGUUAAGUAGUUGCAGACUGCAGAGGUUAUUCUUAUGAGUUUAUGUAGGUAGGUAAAGGGUUGGGUUUGAAGUAAGAGCAGUAGGCGAAUGUUGGGUGAAGCUCAUAAUAUCGUAAUUAUUUAGAUACAAUUAGUAUGUGCGUGAAUUGGUAUACAUAUAUUAAUAAUUAAACAUUCUUAUAUUCAUGUCGUAUAAUAUUUUUAGACCUAACUAAACGACUUGCUAAAUAAAAAUAAAAUCAAAAGCUAAUUAGUCAAAUUUGGAAAUCCAAUUUAAAUCUUGACUGCCCACUAAUACUAAUACAACAUUCCUUUGGUGAACUUUAAAAUUUUUAAGAAAAAUUUUAAAAAUCAUAACUGAUUACGAUGUGAUAAGUCAUUUGACGUUUUUUCAUUAGAGAAAAUUAAAGACAUCAUGUAUUAUUAUUUUCUCUACUUAUUAUCUUCUCUAAUGAAAAUGCUGCGACACAUGACUAAUAACAUUGCCGCGAAUCAUGAAUCUCGCAUUACUCAAUUUUUGAACUUCGGAUUUCACGUUGAAAUUGGCAUUGGGCUCAUCCCUUUUCCAUUGUCCCUUGAUCCUCGUCUCC